GGAGGCCAGGCCACAGCCCGGCAGAUCGCCCAGUCCACCGGCUCCUGCAGGCUGCAGUCCUGCUCCUCCCCUACCCUCGGAAUCAACGCGAGAGCAACCGCCCCUAUCGAACUGGCCGGCUGACUAGGAGCGAGCCCACUGCUUUUUUACGAAAACGCCCACACCCCCGGCUCCUUUUCUCCCGAACGGCCGAACCCGAACCCACCCUCACUCUCCGAUUCAAACCGUCGCCGCCGUCGCCGAGAGAGUUGUGACUCCCCCAGCGGCGGCCUGCGACCACCCGUUCCCCAGUCGUCUCUUCUCUCCAGACCGCAUUUGCGCCCGUCCCGUCCCCUCCCCUCUCCCUCGGCGAGGUCCGAGAGCAGAGCUGCCUCGGGAGGGUCGUAGUCCAGUCCACCCGUCCGCUGCGGCGGCGGUUACGAGGCGGGGAAUUCCGGCGCGGGUUGCCGCGAUCCCCGCAGUGAUGUGCGGAUCGGGUCAUGGGUGUGACCCAGCCGGGAAGUAGUGGAGGCUGCUGGAGGACUAGGGCCGGGACUGGGAGCUGCGGCCACGACGAUGUACGUCGCCCGGGAGUCUACCAAGCUGUGGAGGAGGGUGUGCGCGGAGACGACAGCGGAGCUGCAGCUUCUGUUCGAGAAGUGGCAAUUGCUCCUUGCAGGGUUGGUGUUUCAGUACAUCCAUGGAUUGGCUGCUCGAGGAGUGCAUUACUUGCAUCGGCCCGGACCACUGCUCCAGGACUUGGGAUUUAUGGCCCUUCCAGAGCUUGGCCAAGAGAAAGGUUAUCUUAGUGAGAGCUUAUUCACUUUCAUCUUCAUUUCCUUUUUUCUGUGGAGUUUUCACCCUUUUGUUUAUCACAGCAAACGCUUUUACACUGUUCUACUAUGGCGUAGGGUGCUGGCAUUUCUAGUGGCUUCACAGUUUUUAAGGAUUAUGACAUUCUAUUCCACUCAACUUCCUGGUCCCAAUUAUCACUGUCGUGAGGGCUCAAAACUGGCCACUCUCCCACCACCAAAUAAUGCACUUGAAGUGCUCCUGAUUAACUUUCCUCGCGGAGUGCUUUUUGGUUGUGGCGAUCUGAUAUUUUCAUCUCACAUGAUCUUCACCCUAGUUUUCGUGCGCACGUACCAUAAAUAUGGCUCAAACAGGUACACUGUUAAUUUGGUUGUGUUCUUUGUUGAUAAGAAGCUGCCUGAAAUGCCAGAUCGUACAAAUGGAUUAUCUUUGCUUCCAGUAAACACAAAGGAUAAAGACGGGAGGAUGAAGGAAGAACUCCAUAAGCUUGAGAAGGACGGGAGGAUGAUGGAUGAGUUCCAUAAAUUAUUAAAUGGAAACACUGUCGAUGCUACAGAUUGGCGACAACGAGUGCAGAUUAAUGGAAAGCACGGAGAAGACACGAACCACACUGUCUCUGAUGCCACCCCUACUGGAACAUGAUCAGUAGCUUUUCUUUGUUAUAUCGUUUUUAACAUCCACAGGGGAGUCUGCGAUGAAAAAGGAAAUUGCGUGUUGUGCCUCUGUAUCUGAAAGGCUUCUCAGGUACCCGCAAGGCUGCAACAUAGAAUGUUUUGUUGUGCUCUCCAUGGCACGAUGACAGGAAAAAACGAGGUGUUGAAGUAGUGGUAGAAACUAUAAUAGAAUCAGGAUCUCUUCGCUUUUCUAAGAGACCGCAGCUACAGUUUUGCAUCCUUCAGACAUUUCAAAAACGACGGUACUAGAGAGAAAUUGAUGUUUGAUGUAAAUGUUGAUUCGAUUCAGCUAGUCCUAGCUACAAAAAAAAAUCCAUUUGUGCCAAUGAGUAAUGACUAACUUAUGCUGAUUGGUAAUUUAACGUGAGCAGCUGUAAUGAUCGCUUUUGUUACCA